UGCUACAUUAAACUUUGUCGUACUGAGGUUUUAUGAGCCUGCCAAAUCUCAAAGUUGAGAUACGUGUAAAGGAAAGUGCUCUAUUAGUCAUCUGGAGUUGGUGAAUCAUGUCUGCUCAACUAAGAUUUGACGGGAGGGUUGUCCUGGUGACGGGGGCUGGCGGAGGCCUUGGCAGAGAAUAUGCUUUAGCAUUUGCAGAAAGAGGUGCCUCUGUGGUUGUGAAUGACCUUGGAGGAGAUAUCAAAGGAGAAGGAAAGAGCUCAUCAGCCGCAGACAGAGUUGUAGAAGAAAUCAAGGCUAAAGGAGGAAAGGCAGUGGCUAACUACGAUUCGGUGGAGGAUGGUGAGAAGCUGGUUCAGACAGCUCUUGAUUCGUUUGGGAGAAUAGAUAUCUUGGUAAACAAUGCUGGGAUUUUGAGAGAUCGCUCUUUUACCAGAAUAAGUAAUACAGACUGGGACCUGAUCCAUAAAGUUCAUUUGAGAGGGUCUUUCCUUGUCACAAGAGCAGCAUGGAAUCACAUGAAGAAUCAAAAGUUUGGAAGAAUUAUUAUGACAUCAUCUGCUGCUGGUAUUUAUGGCAAUUUUGGACAAGCUAAUUAUAGUGCUGCAAAGCUGGGUGUUCUGGGCCUUUCAAAUACACUUGCUGUUGAAGGUGCAAAGUAUAACAUUCAUAGCAACACCAUUGCACCAACUGCAGGAUCUAGACUGACACAGACAGUCAUGCCUGAAGAGCUGUUGAAUUCUCUGAAGGCAGAAUACGUGUCUCCUCUUGUCCUCUGGCUUUGUCAUGAAAGUUGUGAAGAAAACGGCAGCUUAUUUGAGGUGGGAGCUGGCUGGAUUGGCAAAUUACGGUGGGAACGGACAGUAGGAGACAUUGUCAGAGAGAAGGAUCGUCUAAUGACACCCGAGGCUGUUCGAGAUAGUUGGGAUAAGAUAUGUGAUUUUAAAAAUGCAACCAAGCCCCGAACAAUACAAGACUCUGUCGGCAGUUUAUAUGAAGUGCUUAGGAAAAUUGAUACAAAUGAAGAUAUUUCCAUGAAUCCAACUAGUGCUACCGUAUCCACAAGCAAGUCUGGCUUCAAUCCAGCACAAGUUGUGGGGCAAAAGCUGCCUGAGGUGGUAUAUAGUUACACUCACCUUCAGCCUAUCUUAUAUGCUCUGGGAGUAGGCGUGUCAACCAAGCAGCUAGAUCACUUGAAGUUUCUAUAUGAAGGAAAUGAGGAAUUUUCUUGCCUGCCAACAUUUGGAGUCAUCCCUGGCCAAGCUUGCCUGCAGGGUGUUCUGUCAUCUCUUCCUGGAUUUGAGAUGGAUUUGGCAAGGCUGCUACAUGGUGAACAGUAUUUGGAGCAAUACAAGCCACUUCCAACUUCAGGAAGUUUGACAUCUGAAUCUGUAGUUGUAGACAUCCUUGACAAAGGAUCUGGAGCAGUUAUACUUUUGGAUGUUUUCACUCGUGAUGACAAUGAGCUUGUUUGCUAUAAUCAAUUUACACUGUUUAUUGUUGGAGCAGGAGGAUUUGGUGGAAAGCGUUCAUCAGACAAAGCCAAGGAAUGUGUAAAUCUUCCCAAAAGGCCUCCAGAUGCAGUUGCAAGUGAUGUUACAUCUAUAAAUCAGGCUGCAUUAUAUCGGCUCAGUGGUGAUUGGAAUCCCUUGCACAUAGACCCUAGUUUUGCUGCUUUAGGAGGUUUUAAACAACCCAUCUUGCAUGGACUGUGUUCAUUUGGAUAUGCAGCCAGACAUGUUCUGAAACACUAUGCAGAUAAUGAUGUAAUCAAGUUCAAAGCAAUUAAGGUUCGCUUUGCAAAACCUGUUAUUCCUGGACAGACCUUAGAGACUGAGAUGUGGAAAGAGGGAAAUAGAAUUCAUCUUCAAGCAAAGGUUAAAGAAACUGGAGAAACUGUUCUAGCAAAUUCCUAUGUGGAUCUUGCUGAGGUGCCUAGCCAGACAACUUCCAAGGAGCAAAAAGUGGUAGAAGAGCUGCAGAGUGACCUUGUGUUUGCAGAGAUUAGUCGUCGUGUCAAAGAUGUUGGGAAGGAGUUAGUGAAAAAAGUAAAUGCAGUCUUUCAGUGGGAUAUCACAAAAGAUGGAAAGACUGCAGCUCAAUGGACUAUUGACCUGAAGAAUGGAGCGGGUGAAGUUUACAAAGGUGCUGCCAGGAGCAAAGUGGACACAACCUUCUGCCUUUCUGAUGAAAACUUUAUGGAAGUUGUCCUUGGCAGAAUAAAUCCACAAAAGGCCUUUUUUUCUGGCAAACUGCAGGUGAAGGGCAAUGUAAUGCUGAGUCAGAAAUUGGAACUGAUCCUCAAAGACUAUGCAAAACUUUGAAGAACAAGACCUUGACACAUGUUAGAGUACAAACGACAGAGGUCACUAUUUCGUUAAUAAGCUGUCCCUUUUCUUUUGAAGGCACUUUCAAACUAACAGUAGUGUGUGCUGCACUUUUGUAAACUUAUACAUUUGAUUUGUUUAGAAACUGAAUAAUAAUUAUUUGAAAUGUCAUUAUUUUUGCACUGAUGAGACAUUUGACAUACCAGUUGUUUCCAUUUACCUCUUAUAAAUUAUGAUUGCAUACUGAAUGCGUAAUCGUGGUAUAACAAAAUUGUAAAUAAUCAAAUAUAUCUUUAUAUGUGCAGCUUGAAGCUUACACCUUUUUGAUAACUAAUUCAUGGGAAACACAUUAAAUCCUUGUUGCUUG